AUGCGGAGAACCAUCAAACUCUUCUCCAGUAUCUGGGGUCAUGGUAACUUCAGGGGCAAUAUCUGGGGUGGUGUGGUCUUGUUUUCUGCAGCUCCGCUAGCGGCUGGCAAUUUUUAUAAGUAUGCCGAUGACGAUCUGGCCGACAUCCGCAGCCUCUCGCGAUACACUCACAUCCACACAACACUCAACCACCACCGUCUAAACGCCUCGAAUCUUCUCACAAUGGCUAUACAGUACCCCUACGUAUGGAUAUUCUGUGGUUUUGCCUCCCUUGGAGCAUUUCUUUACGGAUUCGAUGGCGUUUACUUCAACGGCGUGUCUACGCUUGAUGUCUUCAUCAGGCAUUUUGGAGAGAAGAAUGCCGAGGGGCAGUAUGCGAUCUCCCCAUCGACAUUGUCCGUCAUGACUUCCAUGAUCAACGUUGGCGAGUUGGUGGGAUCCCUGGGUGCUGCGCCCCUCAACGACUACCUCGGCCGCAAAGGCGUCUUCUUGGUUGGCACGGCCGCUGUCAUCCUCGGUGUCGUUCUCCAACUCGUUACGUCUUCCAAUAGAGACCUCAUCACUGCUGGUCGUGCAAUCCUUGGCUUCGGUGUUGGCAACUUUUCGGCUACUUCACCGCUAUAUAUGGGCGAAAUUGCUCCAGAGUCCAUGCGCAGCCCCUUGCUUAUGUGCUGGCAGCUCACCCUCUCCGUCUCCCAGAUCAUCGCCGCUGGUAUCAAUCGUGGCAUGGUUGACAUUGAUACGACUUUUGCCUAUCGCUUUCCCAUCGGCUUCCAGCUCCUUUUCCCUGCCCUGAUCCUCAGCGGUAUCUGGUUCGUUCCCGAGUCACCGCGCUGGCUCAUCCGCCGUGGACGCCGUGAAGCUGCUGAAAACUCGCUCCGUCGUCUCAACCGCGAUGACAAGACCUAUGACCCUGCGCCGGCUGUCGCAGAGAUGGAAGUUGCCCUCAACGAGGAGCUUGAGGUUCAGGCACAGGGAGGCUGGAUGCAGCUAAUCACAGAUCCGGUUGAGCGGCGCAAGGUCAUUUACAGUGCCGGCGCUCUCGUCGCGCAGCAGAUCAACGGCAUCCAGUGGUUUUACUACUUUGGAACCGUCUUCAGCAAGGCCAUUGGGUUGCAGGACCCCUUCCUCAUGACCCUCAUCGUCUUCAUCAUCCAGGUCUUUGUCGUCUUGGCAGCGGUUCUGCUGGCCAACCGUAUACCUCGCCGACCGCUGCUCAUGGUGACGACUGGCAUCAUGACCGUGUCCAUCUUUGUCGUUGGUUGCCUCGGCAUUCCUGGCGGGGAGCCGUCGCAAGUCAUUGGCAAAGUCAUCAUCAGCUUUGUCAUUAUUGAGAUUGUGGCGUUCAACUUUGCUUGGGGCCCGCUGGGAUGGACUAUUGCAUCUGAGAUGGCUGUCGGCCGAAACCGGAACAAGAUCUACGCCGUCGCCGUCGCUUGCUUCUGGGUCACCGUCUGGGUCACCGUCUUCACGCUGCCCUACCUCUACUACUCGGCCAAUCUGGGACCCAAGACUGGUUUUGUCUACACUGGUCUCUGCUUCGUCACCUGGGCCUAUGUCUACUUCUGUGUCGGCGAGGUCACCGGACGCACUAUCGAGGAGAUUGACGGUUUCUUCAGAGACGGCAUCCCCGCCAAGAAGUGGAAGAACCAGCCGCGCAAGCACAUUGCCGCAUCUACUGCUCACAGCGAGCACAAGAAGAUCCUGGACGUCAGCUCGGAGGACCAGGGGGAGAAGGGCACUGGGGAGCACCGCGUUUCGGAGCAGUAG